CAAACCGACACUACACACACCGCCGCCGGACAGCGAGAAGUUCGCAGUGUGUGUGAGACUCGUUUACUGUAAUAUGGCUUUAGUUGUGUUUAUUUGCGGCUUAAUAAAUUCGACAUGUUCUCGUUCUGAGUAAUUUGAUCAUAUUUCACUUGAAUACCGCUGACACAACUGCUGUAAAUGUGUGUGAAUGUCGUGUUGUAGAAGCUCGGUGAGAUGGAGGAUAUACAUCAGACUGUCACGGACGCAGAGGAUCAGAAGGGGGACACUGGCUCUCCAGCAGAGAAGCUGCUCUUAGAUCAAGUGUGUGUGGACUGUAUGGACAUCACGAAGGGUACUUUGGAGAACAUCUCUCGCCCGGCCUCCGGUGCAGCUCCUCUCUCUCUCUCUGAGAUCAGGAGAACGAGUCGAGAGCGUCCCGGAUCUCUGGAGCUGCUCAGCCCGGACCUCACACACACACAGGCUCAGGGCAGCGCAGCAGGACCCGGCUCUGACCGAGACGAGUCCGAUGAGGAGGACGAAGAUCCGGAGCUGGGAGAGGCCAUCCGGAAAAUGAGGAGACUGGACCGGAUUCUGGCUCUCAAGGCGUCAGCGGAGAGAGAGGUGAAGCAGAGGACCCGAGAGCAGCAGCAGAGACUCUGGGGCGAGCUACAGGCUGUGAGUCUCAGGAUGAGCCGCUACGAGAUGGAAAACACCAGACGCUUCCUGGCUCUGACACCCGACCCCUCUCAGGAGUGUGAGGAUGAGGAGUUCGUCCCCGUGUUCGAGACGGAGGUUCUGGAUCUGCAGCGCGACACACACACCAGACACGACACGGGCGAGCGCACACAGCUGGAGUGUGUGGGUCAGCAGGCGGCGGAUGCUCAGGCUCCAGACGGCAGACGGGACAGCAAGCGCACACAAGACUUCGUCCAGAGGAAUAUUGAGCUUGCAGGAGCGUCGGGCAACUCAGUCCUGCUCACACAACAGGAGAGAGAGAGAAUAGAGGAACUACUGAGAGAUCUGGAGGAAGAACAGAGUGAUCCUGAACUACUGACUGAACCUCAGUCUCUCUCCGCCGGUGAAGGCUUCAGUCCCGACCCGUCUGAACUCCACAGUCUCCGGCUCAUCGACUCCAGGCUCCAGCUGCUACUUCCUGUUCAUCACUUCCUGUCUGGGAGUCAGGAGGAGAACGCCGGUGACCGAGUCCUGUGGGACGCAAGAUCGAGACGAGAAGAAGAGAAACGUCUGAGAGAAAUCCAGCAGGAGCUGCAGAUCCUGGAGGAGAGAAGCGCGCGGUGUGUGUCGGAGGACGAGCUGAGGAACCUCCUGCUGGAGUGUGAAGACGAGCUCCUGCGCUCUCCGGCUCCCGGCUCCGGCGCGGACACACACCCCUGGGAGAACACGGAGCGGCACGCAUGACAUGCGAGGAAGAAUGCUCUUCUGUUUUAUAUUUUGCGAAAUGCUUUUAAAGUUGCACAAUAAGUGCAUGAAAGUGUGUUUGUCAUUGUGUCUCUGAUGUGUUUGCCAGCGUCAGUAUCUCAAUCAGACUGAACAACACAUGAAGUGGAAAAUAUAAAAUGUUCCUUUUCAAAAAUCAAAGCAAUAUGUCUUUUUAUUCAUAUCAUGAGCUUUUGAUUAAACUCC